AUGACGAGUGGCUCCAGUUACGAGCAUUUCGAUGGUGAAGCUGCCAGUGGUGAAGCUGCCAGUGGUGAAGCUGUCAGUGGUGAAGCUGCCAGUGGUGAAGCUGCCAGUGGUGAAGCUGCCAGUGGUGAAGCUGCCAGUGGUGAAGCUGUCAGUGGUGAAGCUGCCAGUGGUGAAGCUGCCAGUGGUGAAGCUGUCAGUGGUGAAGCUGCCAGUGGUGAAGCUGCCAGUGGUGAAGCUGCCAGUGGUGAAGCUGCCAGUGGCGAAGCUGCCAGUGGUGAAGCUGCCAGUGGUGAAGCUGCCAGUGGUGAAGCUCGCCCACCUCCCACACCCACCUCCCCACGCCCACCUCCCACGCCCACCUCCCACGCCCACCUCCCACGCCCACCUCCCAUGCCCACGUCCACGCCCACCUCCCACGCCCACGCCCACGUCCACGCCCACCUCCCCACGCCCACCUCCCACGCCCACCUCCCCACGCCCACCUCCCCACGCCCACCUCCCACGCCUACGAGGGCUUAA